AUGGCAGAACAAGCUGAGCUUGCGUUUGUGAAGUCUUUUGCGGCCGCGCUGACCACGCAGCCUGUGGUCUACGCGAACGACUACCAGACAGCCCCGGAGAACGAGCUUAAGAAGGUUCCUGUGCUUCAAAUCGAGGUCCCACCACCCCCCGAGCGUCGUACUUCUGUCUCUGCACCGACAGGAUCCAUCAAUGUGACAUUCAAGUCAACAAAGCCCGUCCAGUCCUACACGCUCUCCAUCCAGCCCACGGACACCAUCGCACAGAUCAAGGCCCAGCUCGCCGGUACCACAGGCGCGCCUCCCGCCGACGCGCAGCGCCUCCUGCUCAAGGGCAAGGCCCUCGCGGACGCGAAGCUCCUUCAGGAGUACGCCGUAAAGGACGGCGACACUAUCAACCUCAUGAUCAAGCCUGGCUUCGAGUGGGAUCCGUCCAAGGUCGCUACCCCUGCACCCACGGCAUCCCCCUUACCGCAAGAAGGGGGAAAGAAGGGAGAGAGCAUCACGUUACUCCCUAGCCCGGAGCCGACGAAGACGCGGAGUGGGCACGGGCGAAUACCGUCGGUAGUGCUAUCACCGUCGCCUUCGCUUACACCUACGCCUGGGGAGACGUUGGUCGAUAUUCCACUUGUUCUGGACACAUCUACAAUUCCGGCAUCGCCUGCGUCCGUGUCGGACACGCCAUAUCAUUCGAAGAUUGCGAAACCGGAGUUCUGGGAGAAGCUCUAUGCAUUCCUCAAGACGGAGCUCCCGACACAGACGGAUGCGGCUGCUGCAUGGGAGGACUUCUUCUGCGCGAGCAAAGGCAUCCUGUCUGUCAGCGAAAUCGCAAAGAUCCGCGACGCAGUCGGCGUCAUCGGCAUGGCGGGCACGUAAACUAACAGUUCUCCUCGCCUCGCUUCCGACCCCUUCUGCACGCAUCCCACAUACACGUAUGUCCAAGUCCGAUAUCCCACUUUUCCAUAUCCGCGCGCAAUCGGGCGCCGUUGUGUAUGAUUCCCAGACCCUAUGGACACAAACAAGUUUGACCACAGACACAAAGCUGCAACGAGCGUGUCGGUUUGAGCUCGAGCUAAAUAUAUGCGCUGGGUGAGGGCACGGUGGGAGGAUCGACAAUGCUAUGCUGUUGGGAGGGAAUUCCCGGGUUGAUGGUCGUUUUAUUUUUGGAGAGCGAGUUGGUGGUUAACGUGUAUGUCCUCCGUGGUUUCCGAGUCCUCUGCUACUUGCUGUAUACUUAGGGAUGGAAUAUCUCUGCACUCCACAGUCAUCGUGAUCCUGCAUUUGCACGACACAGCACAUAUUUCGUCAUGUAGCUCAUAUGUCUGUGACGUAUGCCGCCAUAAUCUGCACUCAGAGGGGGCAUCGCCUUCCCUCCGGACCCGUACGACCCGCCGUAGUCCCUGGCUAGCCGUGCAGGGCUAAGACUACCGAAGUUCCGCGCUCCAACAGAGACUAGUGCCUUUCCUCUCCCGCCUCUGAAUUGCCUAAGUACAGUGUACAUGCCAAUACAAG